AUGGACAGGAGGCAGGUCGGCCACCUCUUCUGGCGAUGCGCAGCACAACUUCAGCAGAUUAGGUCAUUCAAAUCCGUGUCUAGAAAACUUGAUGUGAAGCUCCUCAAGGUGUUCAAACGGAAGGCCGAGGGGCUCAAGCUGGCGGUCCCUCUCGAGCGGGAGGACGUGGUGGAGGCGGUGGCUCGGCAGCUGUGCAUCACCCUUGUCCCCGAGCUGUUGGACAUCGGGAACGAGAAGCUGAGCGAGGUGGGGGAGUUCCUGCUGCCCCUGAAGAUUGUGACGCCGGCCGGACAGCGCGCCCAGCUGGAGGUCCACAUUGCAGCGACGUGA